UGUGAUAACUAGUAGUAAAUCCCUUUGAAAGAUUGAUUAACGUUAUGAUGCAGCUUGUGGUGUUGUGCAUAUAAAGAAGUACUAAUGUUCCAUCUUAAAUACUAAAUACAUUGUCCAUCAUCUCUCACGAUGGAGAUUUUGCGGGAUGAUGAAGAACAAGAGCUCAAAUAUAAACGUACGGGUCGUUUGGACAUGAGCCAUGGUUUCUUACAUCACAUUCGAAGGAACCAGAUUGCCAGAGAUGACUAUGAUAAGCAGGUAAAGCAGGCCAAUGAGCGUCAGAGGGCCAGGCUCACCACUACCCCCCGACGCCCCCGCCGGCCAGAUAUCCAAGUGUACCAUCCUCGACGUGGAAAUGGAACUGAGCCAGGAGUGGGUGCAGAGACUGAAGAGUGGAAUGAGAGUGGGUCGAGUACAGAGCCAGAGACCCAUGGGACUGAACUCUUCUGGCUGGACUACCAGGCUGACUCUGGCUGUGUCACCUCCUUCAUUGUACACAAGGAGGACAAGCCAGAGAGGGUGGUGGAGCGUGUAGCAGAGAAGAAUGUUCUGGACUCAGCCAUGAGGGUGGCACUGCAGGCCCGGAUUCGAAAGGAAAUGGAUAAACGUCUGGACAAACGCUGAAGGAAGUGAAUGAAGUUAACAGUGAUGAGAGGGGUGAGGAGGAGUCAGAGGCCUCUGUUUACCCUCCAGCCAACCCUCUUCCUGUAUGUAAGGAAUGCUAGUAGCAGAGGACUACUGUGGACCCACAUUCUGAGAGACUGUUAACCAGGAUCUGAAUGACGUCACACAGCCACGCCGUCCCCUCUGUGCUAGUGUACAGCCAUGGGGAAAAGGCUGACUUACAGAAGGGUAAAAAUGGAGCCGUCCUCACAUCUCUUGUAUUGGGCUGGCAUCUCUAACCCUGGGUCAUGUCUGUAAGGGGCCCUGUGAAACUGCCGUUGUCUUGUGUUUGAAUGGCCCAUUGGCUGUCAACCUGCUCCAAAGGACAGAGCUGAGAGCAUGGGCCCCUAUCUGAGCCACACCAGGGUAAGGCUGGGCAGUAUACCAUAUUUUACAAUAUACCGGUAUUGACACACGGACUGGUUUGGGGUUUUACUUUACCUUCUGCAUGGUCAAUGCAGCACAUACAACAAUGUUGAUGACAACAAUGCUGUUUUCAUUUAGCUUCUUAAUAUAAAUCUACAAGCAUUCUAUAAUUACACUAUUAGUUUCUGUUUCUUACAUCUGUAAACCUCUAGUUCGGCUUGUCUUAGCAAGUUGGGCCUAAAUCCUGUUAGCUACUAAUGCUAAUUGCUAGCUAGCUAAUAAAUGUACUGAAUCAGAGCAAACGUAAUUAGCUAUACAGCCUGAUAAUACCAGUGAGUGUAGACCUAAAACAGCAUGUUUGUGCAACAGUAUCUUCUAAAUCAAAGAGGAAGCAAGAAUGUUAGCUACAUGAAGAAGGUAAGAGAAAACAUUCAAUGUAGCCACAGAUUGAACAGUCCCCUAGAAACACUUAUCAACACUUUUGUUCCUUGGUUAAAUAAGGCACAGAUUGUUUGCCCAUAUCGUGCAGCCUUACGUGGAAAUGAUCUCAAAUGAGUGCAACAAAUGUAUUAAAAUGCACAUUUUGGGGGGUUGAAGUUGAAUUGAACAGUAUAAAACAAUCCGAAUGGAGAAAGACCCAUUGAAAUCACUUAGAAUGUAUGUCUUUCCACCCUCAUAAAUAACAUUGAGCUUUUAUUAUACUUUUUGCUUUAAUACUGUGAUAUUUUGGCCAUAUUAACCCCCACACCCACCAGAGGCCACUUUUUUUAAAUUAACCUUUAUUACAACUAGGCAAGUCAGUUACUGCCCAAUGGGACUCCCGAUCACAGCCAGUUGUGAUACAGCCCAGGAUUGAACCAGGGUCUGUAGUGACACCUCUAGCACUGAGAUGCGGUGCCUUAGACCGCUGUGUGCGGCAGUUUCACGUGUGCGUGCACACAAGCCUUGCAUGCGGCAGUUUUCCCGCAAGGGUUGGUAUUUAUACAUUUUGAACUAUUCCCACAAAUCUCAGACCAUGUGUACCCACAACUUCUAGUUGUUGUCUGAUCAACUGUAUUACAAGCAAAUAUUGUUAUUUUGGGGGAAGUUGAGGUGUUUGAUGCACAGGAAUUAUAAUGGUAGGCUAAUAUCAUUAAAACCUAUCGGCCUAAUUAUAAAACAGAUGCAUUUGUCAUUGGUAAAAAGAUUGCAUAGCAGCAUGUCACCCAAUAUAUUUUUUACUUUAUAUAAGCCUACAUCAUAAUCUUAUUGCAGGGCAUAGCUCUCCUUUUCUGACAUGCCGCUACAUAAAAUAUUAUGCUACCAUUUAUCCAUCCCUCAUUCAAUGGCCAACCAUGCUAGAAAGUAAAUAGACCGGUAGCCUAUGACAGUAUGGUUAGGCUAUAGUAUUGCUGUGCGAAAGGAGCGCAACAUAAUAGCCUGUUUAAUCUCAACGCCUAUACCAUGGAGAUAGACUAACAAUCAUGUAUUGAUAAAAUAUUUCACAACAAUUAAUAUUUUGCAUAGACGUGUGGACUGUAGGCAGCAUUUACUUAGAAAAUCAAUCUUGCAGAAUGCGUGGCCUUUUCUCACUGUAGACGUGAUGCAUUAUUUGUUUAAAAAAAGUAACGGCAAAAGAUUAAAACAUUCUGCCCACACCUCUACAGAAAUGUGAUCACAUUUGCCAUUGCGCUUUCCUUUAGCAACUAUCACGGCCCAGUUCCAACAUCUCCAAAUAAUACAGCAAAUGAAUGCGUUGUUGUUACCAUAAAAGGUGAAUGGAGGGCAUUUUCCCAGCGGAGGUGUAGCGCUCGUUCUCACACACAUAUGGUUUAGCUCUGAUUUACCAAUUAAGCAUGCAUAUGUUCUGUGCGAAUGUUUGAUAAAUCCCAAUAAUUUGUUUGCAUGCAAAUCCUAGAUGCUCCACGUACGCCAGAAUUUAGUUUGAAAUGUAUCCACGUUGAUAAAUGAGGCCCCAAUCCCCAGAAACUGGGACGCCACCCCUGUGAAUUUCUUUUUCACCACACAGUGACAUCCUCUUCCCCAUAGAAAGUGUGCUGUGUUUACAAAAUGUGUACUUAUUGUUUAAAUGGAUGUGGUUUAAAUCCAUUGGAGGCUGCUGAGGGGGGACGCUCAUUUUAAUGGCUGGAAUGGAGCAAAUUAAAUGGCAUCAAACACAUGGAAACCAUGUGAUUGAUGUAUUUGAUAUCAUUCCACCCAUUACACUCCAGCCAUUACCACAAGCUCUUCCUCCCCAAUUAAGGUGCCACCAACCUCUUGUGUUUACAUUUUAUUUGGCAAAGUGAUGUGAAUGGGAUGUCAUUGCAGUUAUGUUUUUUGUUGUUGUUUUCAUUAAAAAGUUACCAUGUUGAUUUGUUGUUUGCAGGGUUACAUGAGGUCACUGUGACUCUAUGACUAAGGCAGGAGAGCAAAUCAAUUGGUCGUAGCUGAUUCUUGUUUGUUUAAAAAAUGUGCUGUGGUCAUGACUUCUAAUUUAUUUUUGGAUUGGCCUAUAUGUUCUAAGAGUUAUUUUUUAUACUGUCAUUUUCUGGAAAGAUCCUUAUUGUUUCAGUAUUACAUAUUAAAUAUUUAUUUUCCAAAA